AUGGAAGGAUCAGCAGUACUACCACACGGCCGGCCUCGUCGUCGACGCGCACACACCGGCAUCAUCCUGGCCGCGGUGCUCUGCGUGCUCGUCGGCGUGCUCAGUCUCCACCCCCUGCUCAGGUGCGAGCUCCACUACUGCGGCCGCCGCAGCAGCGCCCUCGGCCUCGGCGGCGCCGACCCGCACCCGCCCGCCGGAGGAGCCGGGCUGAAGAAGAGUGUGCUCAGGAAGAUGCCCGUGGCGGUGUACGGCGCCGAGUGCGCCAUCUGCCUCGGCGAGUUCGCGGACGGGGACGCCGUGCGCUUGCUCCCCAGGUGCCGCCAUGGCUUCCACGUCCACUGCAUCGACACGUGGCUGUCCGCGCACUCGUCCUGCCCGAUAUGCCGGGACUCGCUCCUCGACGACGAGGGUGCCAUGCCAGUGCCACUGCCGCCGCCGGCGAGGAGACGGCGGCGUGGGUGUCUCCUUCGGUCACUGCUGGCGUGUUAA